AUGAUUUGUUGUCUUUCUUCAGGGAACAAUAAACAUGAAUAUAUAUUCUAUUCCAACGCAACACACAUUUCCUAUGUUUCUGUUGAUGGUGGCGAAUCUACGGCUAUUCUAACGGCGCGAAGUGCAAAUCUAGGUUACGAUGAACAAAACUACCGCAUCUGGUAUUAUGAUACGGUUGCUGCUACACUCCAUAAGGCGAACUUAGACGCUAGCGGUUUGGAAACUGUUUCUGUUCCAUCAACCUUUGGUCAAUUUACAGUUGAUGGUGUGAAUCAAAGUAUCUACUACCUGAACGACAACGAUGACACCGUUAAAUCAAUUCAUUACAAUGGAAAUCACUUUCCAGAGAUUGCUGCAUUACAGGGCGGCAAUGAAUUCCAGGACAUACAAAUUGACCCCUAUAACAGGUAG